CUGUAUUUCUGACUCUGUUCAGUGUGUGUGUGAGAGUGUGUGAGAGAGUUAGAGUGUGUGUAGUCAGUGAGGAGUGGAUUGAUCUGAGCUGCUGAUUGAACACACACUUCAGGAUGAGAUUAUUUCUGCUCUGUUUCACACUGGUGUGUGUGAAGGACACUGAAGCACAGAAUAAAUUGCACCAUUUGGUGUUGGCCGCGUGCUCAGACACGGAUAAGGAGUUUAUGAUGGGUGAUGAUGGAGAGGUGGAGGCUUACACAGAUUUUAAGAAGAAGGAUACAGUGAUUGUGUUGCCUCCGUUCGCUGAUCCGAUGCAGUACCCCGGAUUUUACGAGAGCGCCGAGAGUAACGUGGCCGUCUGCCAAAACGACAUAGAGGUGUUUUCAGUAGAAUUUAAAGACAAGCCGCUGCCACAGGACGCCCCACAGAGCUCCAUCUAUGCCAGAGAUGAUGUACAGCUGGGUAAAAAGAACACACUGAUCUGUCACUCCACACGGUUCUUCCCUCCACCUGUCCGUGUGCGCUGGACCAAAAACAACGUGGAUGUGACGGGUGAAUCCUCACUCAGCCAGUAUUACCUGAAUAAGGACAAAACCUACAACCAGUUCUCCCACCUGCCCUUCACUCCACAGGAAGGAGACGUGUACACCUGCACGGUGCAGCACGAGGCCCUGCAGACGCCUGACACCAGGACAUGGGAGGUGAAUGUUGAUCUCCCCAGUGUGGGUCCGGCUGUGUUUUGUGGAGUGGGUCUGGCUGUAGGAUUGCUCGGAGUCGCUACCGGAACUUUCUUCCUCGUUAAAGGAACCAGUGCAACUGAUGCUUCAGUGACGAGUCCAGAGGUUCGGAUUCACACCAGGACGUCUCCUGUUGGUUUUUCUCCACGGAUCCUGUGCGUCGGCUCCAGUUGAAUUCUUCUGUUAAAGUGUUUAAGUUCUUUCUUUUUGUCCGGUUCCACUGUCCCCUGUUAUUAUACUGGAUUUUACUGCACACAUCUGUUCAUAAUCUUUCUUUUCCAGUGUGUGUAAUGUGUAAUUAAUGUUAGAAGACAGAACGCAAAUGUAAAGGAAUAUGAACUCUUACAAAUAAUAAAAGAAAUAAACUUUAUUGACGUGAA